AAUACAAAAUACUCAUCAAGCCACAUGGAAGGCGGGUCGCUAGAACAACAAGAUGUAGAAAACGAAACAGAAUGUCAGAUUUCAGAUCUUGUUUACGCCUUGUCCAAUUUCAAAGGACUUGGUCGUGACCAGCUGUCUUUCGUAACUGGCGAUAAGAUCUGUAUUCUCAAGAAAACUAAUGGUCACUGGUGGUGGGGAGAGAAGGAUGGCUGCCAAGGAUACGUACCUGUCAAUCAUUUGACUUACACAUCAACACAAGAAAUAUUCUGGCAAGAUCAGGAAUAUUUUGGUAACUAUGGUAGCCUGAAACUUCAUCAUGAAAUGCUCAGCGACCGUCCAAGAAACUUGUGUUACCAAAAGGCAAUCCAGAGGAAUGCAGAGCACCUUAAAGAUAAGGUAGUUCUGGAUGUGGGUUCUGGGUCAGGCAUCCUUAGCCUCAUGUGUGCCAAGUAUGGAAAUCCAAAGAAGGUGUAUGCUGUAGAGGCCAGUGAUAUGGCGGAGAAAACUGAAGGUGUUGUCCGUGACAAUGGAUUUGAGGACAUCAUCUGUGUCAAGCGCAGCUACAUCGAGGAUGCUCAACUGGAUGAUGAAGUUGAUCUGAUCAUUUCCGAGUGGAUGGGCACAAUCCUCUUGUUUGAAAUGAUGAUUGAGUCUGUGAUUAUUGCUCGGGACAAGUUCCUGAAGAGUGAGGGUGUGAUGUGGCCGUCCCGGGCUAGCCUGUACCUGGUGCCAUGCAUGGCUCAUGACAAACACAGGGACUUGGUACAGUUCUGGGACAACCAGUACAGCUUCGACUUCUCAUCUCUCAAAGGUCCUGCCAGUAGUGAGUUCUUUGAGAAACCGUACCACAACUAUGUCCUGCAGAGGGAGCAGUGUCUUGCCAUGGAGACCGAGCUCUUCUCCCUUGACCUUCACACAGUCAUCAUUGAGGACCUGGAGAAGAUCGCACAGCAGUUUGAAUUCCACAUAACCAAAGAUGGCCAGCUCCAUGGCUUCUGUACCUGGUUCCAGACAGACUUCAAGGGGCUUGGGUCAGGGGUGAAAAUGACCAUCCUGAACACCGGACCGGAUCAUGACCUGACACAUUGGAAGCAGAACUUGUUUAUGUUGGACAUUCCACUAGACGUGAAAUCAAAGGACCGACUGGAGGGAGUGGCAACGCUUACACGACACCCAGAGUGGCGGCGGCAUCUCAGAUUCUGGCUAAAGUUUGAUCACAUCACCAAUGAAACAAAUCAGACUGAAUCCUAUGAUAAAGAGUUCCUGGUGUGGAGAUGAGUAAGACGGUCACUAGGAUAACCCUCCUGACAUUGCUCAACAUUUCAUCAAUUUAGCUGAAGGUUUAAUUUGAACUGCACAUGGUGUCCUGGUAUACUACUCUGGCUGGAGAGACAGAAGUGUUAUGGCUGCCAGAUCGCAGUUGGCAUUACUGAUAGUCUGUGUUUAUCGUUGUUUCUGACCACAAGUAUUUUAGAGGAUGGCAGAACAUUACAGCAUCUUCAAUGUAGAAGUGUUUUUCUUGCAGGACCUGAUGUUAACUGUUCUACAUGUUGACAUGAUGUUAACUGUUUUACAUGUUGACAUGAUGUUAACUGUUCUACAUGUUGACCUGAUGUUUACACUGUUCCACAUGCAUGACACAAUGUAACACUGUUCCACAUGCAUGACACAAUGUUACACUGUUCCACAUGCAUGACACAAUGAUAACACUGUUCCACAUGCAUGACACAAUGAUAACACUGCUGCAGGUGCACAACACAAUGUUACACUGUUCCACAUGCAUGACACAGGGAAUGAGGGUCAGUGUAAAUAUCGGGGCUCUCAAAGUGCUCAUCUUGGCAUGUUUAUUUUGUCAAAUGCAAUGAUAUUAUUAUCCCCCACCACGAAGUCCCGUCAAGUAUUGUUUUACAGAGUUAUUGCCCUUGCUCCAUACUUUUCAACUCAGUGCAUAGUGUCUGCAGUUGGGACAAGUUUUCUCAGAAACUACUGACGUUACAUGAAUGAAACGUUGCAAGUUUAUCUAAGAGAUACCUUUUAAGACUGAGUUAAAGAAAUUGUCCCCUCAUUAAUUAGUUAUGGCCCUUGCUUCGUACUUUCCAAUUAAGUCCAUACUGUGCAAUGGGGACAAGUUUUCACAGAAUCUAUUCAAGUUAGAGAAAUGAAAAUUUACGCACUGAUGUUACCAUGGUUACUGGCCACAAUCUCAAAUGAGUUAAAACAUUUUCCCGUAAUUAUUUGUUUACAGAGUUAUGACCUUUGAUCCAUGUUCAUUUUCUUGCUGCAUAGUGUGUGCAAUGGGGACAAGUUUUCUCAGAAACUGCUGAAGUUAGCUUCUCUAAGUAUGUAAGUUAUUUUUCCAGAGGAGGGGAUUUUUUGUGUGUAUUAAUUUCACAUUUAAUCAAUUUUUUUUAUGACAAAAAGCAGCCUACAGGGCUAUCUCUAUUUGAAGCUUUAUAGGACUUUUGUUUAUAAUUUAUAUUCACUAUUAUAAGAACAGACAAAAUUCUAAUGUGCCCUAUGGUGGGGGAUAGUGAUAAUGCUGUUUCUUGUCAAAUAGUUUUGAAAGGUAUGUUCUUUUUGUUCAUGUUCAGAAUGUGUUAAGGGUACAAUGUGUGAAGCCCAUUUCUUGUGUCCUCCGCCUUGAUAUUGCUGGAAUAUUGCUAAAAGUGGCUAAAGACAAAACUCACUCACUCACUUACUGCAGUAAUAUUGGUAUUUUUAACAAACCUUUAUCAACAAGGAACUGACAAGUCCCUAUUCUAUCUUGUCUAUUCUUUGUACUUUAUCUAUGUUAAAAUACUAUUUUGAUAUUGAUUGACAGUAUUGACUAUUAUUCAGUGUUUUUGCCAUAACAGUGGCUAGCUGGAUAACACAUGACAAGCUACAAGACAUGAACUAAAAUGCAUGCAUCUAAAUGGCAUUGCCUCAGCUUAUUAACAUCAUUGACAGUUUUUCUUACCAGUAUUGCCUUGUUAAUUUUCUUUGACACUUUAUUGUGUUAUUUAUCCUUUGAUAUCUGCACUAGCAAUUAUGGAAUAAGAAAUGUAUGUAAUGCACAAAUCAAGAUGGAUGGGUGAUAGAUGCCUUAUUGCAUCACUCAUGAAACGGGAGUUGCAGAGCCAGGUUGUGUUUGUAUUUGUCACCCUGAAUGUUGAAGCCAGAUAUGUUUGAUCUCACAUGUGUAUUGAGGUCCAUGAACGAUGUAAUUGGAUGAGGCCACAAUAAAUUGAUUAUGUUUUCAUCCAUUUGUUUAGAAAACUAUGAGGGGGGCAAGGGUGGGCCAAUCGUCUUAAGGCGCCGCAAUUCGCUGUGCAGAGUUGCGUCCCUUGGGCACACCAGAAACCUAUGGUUGUUGGUUCGAAUCCCGAUUAUGUUUCUAGGUUUGUCAGCACCAAACGAGGGUUUCGCUGAAGUGGCAAACGUCAAAGACCUGCAUCACAUCACAUCACCUGCAUCAAGUCUUGGGGCUUUCCUCCCCCCUUAAGUUGACAUGCCAUGGUAUGACUGGAAUACUGUUAAAAGCAGAAAUAAACACAACUCACUCACUCACUCAAAAAUCUAUGAGGUGGUUGUCAUUCUAUUUUUACUUCUAUUUUUGAACAAAGUUUCUGUGUACACUAACCAUCCAUAUAUCUGACUGGACUAUGUAUGUGUGGUGUAUUUCUUCAAGUGAAAUAAGCAGGGAACACAGUGUUUGUUUCUUCUGUAGGUACUUGGGGACAAUAUAAUGAGGCGGAGUCUUUGGUACUGAGGUGGGUGGGCUGCAAUUCUAAUAAUUAAUAUAUUGCUUGGUUUAGAUGAUAAUUCUUUCUGUGGGCCAUGAACCCUACUCCAGUGAUACCGAGACACUUAUGCAAAGGCUAUUAGCAAGAAAACAAGUGGGUGUUUCAUUAUAUUGUUCAUGCAUAUAUAUUACUUGAGUUAUGUACCUUCAUUUCACUCAACAAUGACUGGCUCAUGUGCAAUAAACUAUUUUAGCAUCA